UCGUUUGCCACCCACACACGCCUCGUGCAUUAAUAUACUUAACUAAGUAAUUAGGCAAUUUCGAUGUCGUAUAAGAAAAUUGUAUUUAAACUCGAUCAAUCAGCCAAUUUGCCAUCAGUUCCAUUUUGCACCACCACAGCGAAACAACUAGCAAACAACAAAAGAAUCAAAAUGUUCAAAUACUUCGCUCUCGUCUUCGUUGCGCUCUUCGCCUUCGCCGCCGCCGAGCCUAAGCCCGCUGUGGUAGCAGCACCAUUGGCCUACUCAGCUUACUCAGCCCCCUUGGUCGCCUCCCCCUACGCCGCUGCCUAUGCUGCUCCAUAUGCCGCUUACGCCGCCGCUCCAUAUGCCGCCUACGCUUCACCCUACGCCGCUUACUCCGCUUACCCAUACAGCGCCGCCUACGUGCUCCGCAAGUGAAUGCAAGCUGUAAAUCUAAUAUACAUAUGUAUAACAGUUGAAGAAGUGAAUGGACAAUUGAUUUCGAAUAUGAAUUCUCAGGAAAAAA